GACGCAAAAAGAGAGGAGGCGGAGGCCCGGGGAGGCAUCAUGCAUCGGCGGAGCAACCCUUGGGUUAAUGCAGAUAUACAAUUCCGCUGUUGCGCAUCGCAUGGGUUGGAUCGUGCGCUUCCUGAUGUUCGCCAUAAUUGUACGACGGUGGACGGGGUCGAUACGGCCGUAAACCCGAUCAGCUGGAAGGAGAUUCGAACCCGACUGAGGAUGUCCUCAAAGAGGAAGUCGCCACCAACGAAGCUAUCGGAGGGCGGGGGCGGUGCGGGUACAGUGGCAGGCGCCAACGAGGAGGAGGAGGACACUACCUCGCCGGUGGCCGGUUCCGGUGGCGAGACAGCCGUCGUCGUUGGUGAGGAGGGUGCCACCACCCCCGUCGACAUCGAGGAGUGCUAUUCCCAUCAGAGAGGCGGCGAGUGCGAGUCGUCCGGCUGUUCGUCGCCGGCGACUACCAGCGAGCCGGAUCUACGCGACUCGCCGUCGCCCUCGUUGAAUUCCUUACGGACGGCCAAGCGGCAGAGGCUGCUGUUCCUGUCGAGCCAAGAGACCCUCGCGCCGUACCACCACCCUCAUCAUCACCAUCACCACCAUCACCACCAUCAUCACCAUACGAACACGUCGUCGUCGUCGGGCGGUGCACUGGAACCGGCGAGCUCCUCGGAGUGCGGCUCGCCACCCACCCUCCUCUCCGUUGAUCCCUAUUACCCUAAUCAUCCCCAUCACAAUAACAACAACAAUACCGUCACGCAAAACAACAACAAUAAUAACGGCAGUGGUACCACCGCUGCAGGCAGUAAAAGAUCCAUGGACGACGUUCUCAAAAGACUAACGUGCAAGAUGAACAGCGAAUCCCUGUCUAUCCAGGAUGAUACUACCAAUACCAGGCGGACAUCACCGCCGCUCUCUUCCACGCCAACCAGUCACAAUGCACAUAGUUGCAGUGGAAGCACGACCACCACCGUGGCAAAUAACGUGACACUCUCACCUCCGGAUGCCGGAAGGAUACCAAACACGGAGGCGCAAGUAGAGCAAGACGGUGUGGCGGCUCUUCAUAGGAUCCUCUGCGCCGAGAGUUUCGCGGAGAAGGAGCGCCGACUGUCGGAGAUGAUCCUGCAGCUGCAGUUGCUUAGGGAACGUCUGGUACAACAGCAGGACCAAUCGAAGGUAGGCAAUCUGCAGCACACACGGCAUGGAAAGAAGUAG